UCCAAGCCUUAGCAAAAUUUUUUUGAUGAACUCAAGCCUUAGCAAAAUAAAUGUUCUUGAAAUGUCACAUGUUAUAAAUGUCAAACUCUUAUCAAUUUUAAUUUUUUACGAGCUCAUUAACGGACUAUUGCAAGAAACGACAGUCGUUAAGACAGUUGCUGUCAUUUAUUUGAUACACGGAGGUCGGUGGGUUCUCUUAAUUCUAAAAAUCGUAAGCGGUACUGUUCCCUCAUUCUAUCAGCGAAGGCAGUCAUAUUUGCUUGCUAAAUCAAAAAUGGACCAUACUGAACAGGCUAGAUGCAGAGAGCUGGCCAAAUCAUCUACAUUUUACCGCUCGGUGUACUCAGAGAUAGAAGAGGUUGGAUGGGAGCAUCUGGUGAGAUUGGGUGGAGAUCUGACAUUUCUUAGCUUUCGUAUCUUAGAUGAGAAGGGGAGACUGCACUUUAUGGAAAUUCAAUUGGAUAAAACCUAUCCCAAAAGUCCACCUUCAAUAUCAGCGGAUGUACCAUAUAAUUUUGACUUGCAAUGGUCAAUAAACUCAAGAUUAAAGGAUGUGGUGCAGCAGUUCCACGAGUAUCUGGAGAAGCUUCAGGAAUUUUGGUCUACGUUGGAUGAUAUUGACAAGUCUCUUUGUGUUAUUGAUCCUAAACAGCCUUCUCGAUCAAUUUCCCAUCGUCAAAUCAAUAUAGGUUUAUGUUUUUCAGGAAAUGAUUGCUUCAUCAUGUUGUGUAUAGAUGCCAACAAUCCUAGAUCUUUACCAGAGUGUCGUUUUAUGGGUUCGGGUCCAUUUGUGGGUUUGUUGAGAAAGAAGUGGCAGAGAAAUAGCAGAAAAUGGACAAAGGACAAACCAUACUUGGAAAAUCUUGCAUGUCUUCUGGAGACUCAACUGCCAAGGCCCACUGAUGUACCAAAGAAUGACCAGCAAGUUGAAUGUGGAAUAUGUUAUGCUCAAUGUCUUCCAGUUGAUGAUGAGCUUGGAGCUAAGAGUGGAAGUGGAACUGACUACACAUGUGAUAAUACCACUUGCAGUAAGGCUUUCCAUAGUGUUUGUCUUGGGGACUGGUUGCGUUCUAUCACCACAACAAGGCAGUCAUUCAAUGUUCUUUUUGGGAAUUGUCCAUACUGUUCAGAUCCAGUUGCUGUGAAAAUCAACAACGUUAAAAAUUGAACUCUAGGUCGGGUUUUUCUAUGGUACCUUUGGGAUUUGCUAUGGACUAUGAUCAGAAUCUUUUUUUUUUUUUUUUUCUUCUUUUCUUUUGUUGAGAAGGGAAAAUUCUUUAAAGAUAAAGGCAGACAAAACCAUCUAGGGUAACCAAUUCUCAGGCAUCAGCCAACAACCAGCCUACAACAAAAGUUGGAGGGACUGAAUGCAACAACACAAAAGGUUCCCGACUACUUCCAUCUUUUGCUAACGUCUGCACAGUGAUUCCCUUCUUGGAGCAUGUUGGAUAUAACUUAUAAGACGCCUCAAAAUGCCAAAAAAAGAUCUGCAAUCAGAAAUUAGAGCCCUACAAAGAUGAAAAUCAUGAACUGAAGUGUCUUACAAAGCUAAGAAAUCCGCAACUAGCUUAGCAUCCAAUUCAAUUAUGAUUUUCCGGAUUCAAAUAUGCAGGGCUAAGUUGAGUCCUUCCCUAAGAGCCCAAAAUUUAGCUAUGAAGGAAUUGGUUAUGUCAAUAUUCUUGGAGAAACUUUUGAGCCAAGUGACAUUGUAGUGUCUAAUAAGGCCCCCGCAGUAGCUCUUCCAUGGUUGGAAAUGACUGACUCAUCUGUGUUGAGUUUGAAAUAACCAAAGUGGGGUGGCUUCCAACCAAUCAGCCUGCAAAGACAAUCCCGUGGUCCAAUUUUCAGAGGGUAGUGUAGAGUUCAACAGCCAAAGAAACGGUGUUCUCUAGCAGAUUCCAUGGGUCCAAAGGUUUGUUUUCCAUGACCAAUUUGUUCCUUGCUGUCUAGAUUUUCCAAGAAGCAAUGGGGAAAACAACUUUAUAAGGUACAAUAGAAAGAUGUCAGAAACCAAGUGGGAGCUAGUUGCAAACUUAAUCCACUGCUCCAUCUUUCGAAAUGAGAAAUAACUUGAAGGGGCAAGGUCCCAAUUGCUCUCCACAAAUUGGCAAUCAUGGGGCAAUCUCGGAUAACAUAAAGAACCAUUUAUGGGGUAUUAUUGCAGAGUGGGCAAGCAUCAAUCAGGAUAUAUAUAUUUUUUAAAUUAUUUUUUUGGGACAAGAGUGAAAUUGUUGCUAGGCUAGUGUGACAAGCUAGCCAAAUGAAUGUGAAAUUAUGGGGAUGGUGUUCACAUGUCAAAGCCACUCCCAAGAUGGGGGAGCCAGAGUUGAGGUAGUGGGACUAAUCUCAAGCUUUGCUAAUCUCAGGCUACGUCUUGGCGUUCACUAA